AUGGAUUCCCGAAUCCUCGACGGAAUUUUGAACGCUGGCGCUGCUGUUGGCGUCGAGAAGACGUGUUCUGACGACGAUUUCAUCGAUCGAGUCAAUCAUACUUAUACAAUGAACCUUCUCAUGUUCUUCACGGCGAUUGUGCUUUCUAGGCAGCUGGUGGGCAAACCAAUCAGCUGCUGGAUCCCCAAUGACUUCACUGGCGCCCAAGGCGAGUAUGCGGAAACUGUCUGCUGGGUCACUUCAACAUAUUUUAUCCCACCUGCUCAAACAACUGUUCCCAUCCAAGAGGAUAUUCGAUAUGAGAGGAAAAUAUACUAUUACCAAUGGGUACCCUUUAUAUUAAUGAUUCAAGCUGCCUUGUUUGUGCUCCCUUGUAUUAUUUGGCGACUCUUCAAUACCCAAUCAAGGAUUAACGUGAGUUUCGCUCACAUUAAAUUUUGCUUGACGUAG